AGCAGCAGGUGGCGCAAUUGAAACUGUAGCUGGCUCCGAGGACGAAGAAGAAGACGGAAGCGCCCAAGUCGAGUUCCAGAGCCAUGGCACGACAGAUGGAUGACAGUCACAGACGAUUCCUGCAGACGUUAAUGAGAAGUGGUAUUGUUGACGAGCGAGCCGCAAAGAAGCUCCAUCAGCAUUGCUGCAGAGUACAUAACACACAUCACCGCCCUGACCAACUAGAUGACUAUAUCGACACCAUCAACUCUAAUCUGCAGCCAUUGUUCAUGCAGAUCAGAAAGGGGAGGUGUGAAGACCGCGGGGUGCAGCACUAUGCUUUGGUUAACAUGACCGAGACGAGCAUCACCAGAAUGACGUCUGACUACGCCGAACAUGAGCUGGAGCUCUUCAGGAAAAUUAUGGACCUGAUUGUGGACGCUGACUCUGGCACGGCCUCCUCCACCAAAAUUCUGAACUGUGCCCUCACACUGAACAAAAAAACAAAGAAGAAAGACACGGAACAACUGUUGAAUCGACUGGUGCAUGACGGUUGGCUCAGUGAGAAACAGGGGGAGUACUGCUUGUCCACCAGGUGUAUCAUUGAAAUGGAGUCAUACAUUCGCACCAUGUAUCAGGAUCAGGUCAAAGAGUGUCGGAUCUGUCACAGCGUCGCCUUCCAGAGUCAAAUCUGUGAGAAUCCAAUGUGUGGGAUCAAAAUACACAACCCAUGUGUGGCCAGAUUCUUCAGAGGAGCAACAGAUCCAAGGUGUCCCGCGUGUGAGGAUUUUUGGCCGCAUUCGAUACCUGAAAUUGAGGGACAUCGAUCUUCGUUCAGCGAAUGAAGACGUCUAGAUCAGGGGUCUCAAAUUCAAUUUACUUGUGGGCCACUGGAGCUAGGGUCUGGGCGAGGCUGGGUUGCAUCAGGUUUUCCAAAAAAAAAAAAAAAAACGCAUUUAUUAAAAACAGAAAAAUGAAUAAACUUUGCUUUGGUUCCGAUUUUCUACAAGAAAAGCUCUGAUAAAACAUUCCACUGUUCUCAAAUAUCUUAAUUUUUAUUUUUCUACACAAAAUAAGAUGAAAAAUAAAUAAACAAAUCAAGAAUAAAGAAAAUCAAUCAAUCAGUAAUAAAUAAAUAUAAUAAUAAUAAUAAAAACUUAAGAAACCACAUAUAGUUGGUGGGUAGACAAAUGAUUUUUUUCAGAUUAAAAUGAACAAAGCAUUAUUAGAGCCCUGUAGACAUGACAAAACACGACUAUAGUCACAUUUAUACUCUUUAUUUACAACAUAUUGCGCAACUGCAGGGUCUUGAGACACAUGCUAACUCGCAAACUAAAGAGCUAGCAACCUAAACGGUAGCCUUCAAGUUAUUUCCUUUCAACUUAAAUAGCCAAAAACGUACCACUUCCACACGGAUAGGGAGGAUAACUAUUAACAGUUAUUUAACCUUUAACAUGAACAUUAAUCAAACGUAAUAAUUUUUUCUGGGUACAUGAUACCAUACAGCAUCCAUAUCAAACUUGCGCGGGCCGCACUAACAUUAAACUUUCAUAUCAAGGCGGGGGCCUCAAACUAGUGUCCUGCGGGCCACAUUUGGCCAUGUUUGAGACCCCUGGUCUAGAUUGUGGUCAAAUAAUAGGGUGAACUCAAGAGACGACACGAUGCACAAGAUUGGGUCCAUGAGACGAGAUUUUAAUAUUAAUUUUAAGAAAAAUCCAAUGAAGAAAUAUGACCGGACAAACAAACUUAAAUUUAACCAUGUCACAAAACAAUGCAGGUACAUUUUGAAAAUGUUUAUGUUCCAACACUAAUCAAAAAUUAAAAUUUUUUGAGACCAAAUGAAUCAUUAAUAAUGAUAUGCAAUAAUACAUUUUCUUGAAUAUGUCAUCUUUCACUCACUGAAG